AGGGGAGGGUCUUGUGGCAGAUGAUAGAUGCAGAUGGGGGAGGAUGCUCCUCCUCCGACCUUCAUAACCCAGAGUCACACAACGCUCCCGUCUGUCUGGGUCACACUGCUGAGACUGAGAAAGCCCAGAGGACCUGAGAUGACGACAAGCUGUAUGAGGUCAACCCUGGAACCUGAACAUCGACUGAUGACACAGGACAGCAAGCACUACCAGGGGGCGCUGAAGAGCUCAGUGGACAGGAAGGACGAUGAGGACAAGCCAGAGGUUCUCUGUGCAGAGAAUCAGGAGGAAGACCAGCUGAAGAAACCUCGCAGAAAGGACACUCCCGUCCUCAACUGUCCUCCGCACAUACCAGGAGUGAGGCUGAUGAAGAAGGAGAAGCACUUGGUCUACCUGGAGGAUGCGGAGAAGGAUGUGACCAAUUAAAUUUUCCUGUUUUGUUCGUAAAUCUUAUAUGUUCAAAGUCUCAU